UUUAUUGAUAAUGGAUAGUCAACGCUUUUUAGCGCCGAAUUGUGGAAUACCGGGUUUUAUAAUAAAACUGAUCAUCUUGGGCAAAAUAUUAAUUCAUUUUUCUUAAAAUAAAGAGAGAAGAAAAUUUGAUUGACAAUUACAAGUAUUUCAAACGUUAAAGUGCCUAUUAUUAGCCAUGUCAAAGUCUUCUAAUUCCAGCGAUUUGCGGACAGAGUUAGCUGAACUGGUGAAACGUAAAUCGGACAUAGCUGAGACUUUAGCGAAUCUUGAACGUCAAAUAUAUGCUUUUGAGGGAAGUUAUCUAGAAGAUACACAUUUGUAUGGUAAUAUUAUUCGUGGAUGGGACAGAUAUUUGACAUCAGCUAAUAAACUACCGAAUACAAAAAAUGAACCAAGAAAUAGAAAAUUCAAAGAAGCUGAACGUUUAUUUUCUAAAUCAUCUAUAACUUCAAUGGCAGCUGUAAGUGGUUUGGUUGAAGCUCAAGAAAAAGCUGAAAUUAAUAGUGAAAGUGAAUCUCAAACUGGCAAUAGUGGUAGUGAAGAUAAUAUUACCAAAGAGAGUGGUAAAACUAAUAAUCUAACAAAUGGUCCAUCAACACCUAGAAAUUUAUUGGCGUCAGCCAAACGUGCUUCUAGUACAAAAAAAGUAAAAAAUCGAUGAUCUUCAUUUAACAAACUCAAUAGAGUUUUAAAACAGUUUCAGCGGCCACAGUGAAACUAUCAUAUGUGUAUUAUAAUAUACAAAUAUUUAAAAUAUUAACUUCUUAUAUCAAUUUAUUGUAUAAAAUGUUAAUCAUUAGAUUAUUUAAUUUAAUACUUUGAUAUAUAAUAAGUUUAACUCAUCAAUUUAUGUUCACAAUUGAAAAAAUUAUUUUUCCACUGAAUGUGGAGUCUCAUUUACGGUUAUGUUUGUAUUAAGAAUUAUAUUAUAGCUCACUAAAAAAAACUAAAAUAUGUAUAGCUUUUUACUAGGAUUGUUUUUAAUCAAAAUUUUUACUUAAAAAAAAAUGAAAUAAAAUUUCAAUGAUAGAUACAAGUCCAUUUAAUCAAUAAAAGUAAUGGAUUUACUCUAUGUUUGUAGUUGUAAUUAUUGAAGAUUAAUUGUUAAACAUUGUAUGAAUUUUAUAUUAAAUCUGAUGUAAAUAUUUUAUUAUUUAGUUAUUUUUUUAUGUAGGCUUAAAGAAGCAUUUUAAAUGUAAAAUGAGACAAAUUAAUAUUAUUGUAGAAAAUAACUUUAAGGCAUUGCUAU